AUGUCGGUUAAGGGACGGAUAAGAAAUUCAUAUAGUAGUGACUCCGUGUAUGGGCUCAAGCAGGCAUCUAGGCAAUGGAAUAUCAAGCUCACUGAGGGUUUGUUGGCAGCAGGCUAUUCUCAGAGUGUUCAUGAUCAUUCCUUGUUCAUUAGAAAGGAGGGAACUGAUCUAGAAGGGAUUCUAGUAUAUGUGGAUGAUCUUUUGAUCACUGGGAAUAACUCUUACAUGAUUCAAGAAGCUAAAGUCGCGUUGAACCAGAAUUUUAAGAUGAAAGACUUGGGAAGUUUCAGAUACUUGUUGGGAAUAGAGGUUUUGAAAUCCAAAGAUGGGGUCGCUCUUAAUCAAAGGAAAUAUGCACUCCAACUUAUUUCAGAAGCUGGUCUAAGUGGAGCUCUAUCCUGUCUGACAUUCUUGUUAGUGUCUUGUCUUUCCCAACAUGUGGAGUAUGAUCAACACACCGGUAGCUCAAAUGAUCCAGAACUCGAAGAUAUUACAGCUUAUCAGAGGUUGAUUGUACGAAUAAGUUUUUACCUGCAAUCAUCAUCUACACUAUACACAAAUUCAACUCUUUUGUUCCUUAAAUUCAACUUGUGUUUUUUUGUUCUCUUCCUAACUUCCCGCGCUUUAUGCCUUAAACCCAAAAAAAUGAACCGUUUUUUCUCCUUCAUUCUCCUCCUCACACUUCUCAUCUCCGCCGUGACCGCCGCCGUAACCGCCACCGGCGACGGCAACGACACCGCCGCACUCCUCCGCUUUCAGUCCCAAACUGACAUCCACGGCACUCUCCUUCACAAUUGGACACUUCCGUUGAACUCCACCACCGCUUGCACAGCUCAAUGGCUUGGUAUAAAAUGCAUAAACAACCGUGUCUCCGCCGUAAUCCUCCCGUCGUUCAAUCUCCGGGGACCCAUUACCGCUCUCUCUUCUUUACCUUUACUCCGCCUUCUCGACCUCCGUAACAAUCGCCUUAACGGAACCCUCACACCCAUUACCCAAUGUACUAAUCUUAAGCUCAUUUACCUCUCCGGCAACGAUUUCUCCGGCGAAAUUCCGCCGGAAAUUUCUUCUCUCCGUCGUCUCCUCCGCCUUGACGUUUCAAAUAACAACCUAGAAGGCUCAAUUCCGACCCAGAUUGCGAAUUUGACCCGAUUACUCACACUUCGUUUACAGAACAAUGAACUUUCUGGAACAAUCCCAAAAUCCCUAAAUUCUCUUCAAAAUCUUAAAGAAUUGAACUUUUCGAAUAAUGAGCUUUAUGGGUCUGUUCCAAAUGGUUUAUACAAUCAUUUUGGUGAAAAUAGCUUUGAUGGAAAUGAGGGUUUAUGUGGAAUUGGGAAUUUACCUCAAUGUUCAUAUACAGGGGAAAUAGUCCCUUCAAACCCUAGCUCUUUGCCUACAACCUCCACUGCAACAAUCGAAGAACCCCACGAAAAAUCGCGAAAAGGGUUGAGUAGAGGAGGGGUAGUAGCAAUAGUGAUGGUGAAUGUGGUGGCAUUGUUAGUUGUAGUGUCAUUUAUGGUAGCAUAUUACUGUGGGAAGUAUUCAAGAACUCAGAGUUUUUCAAUGUCAGGAAGUGAGUGUGGGAAGAGGAGGAGUAGUUAUUCGAGCGAAAAACGAGUUUACGCUAAUAACAAUGGUGGUGGUGGUGGUGAUAGUGAUGGUACAACAGCUACUGAUAGAAGUAAACUCGUGUUUUUCGAUAGGAGGAAGCCAUUUGAGCUUGAGGAAUUGUUAAGAGCAUCAGCUGAGAUGCUUGGUAAAGGGUGUUUAGGUACUGUUUAUAAGGCAGUUCUUGAUGAUGGGAUUACAGUUGCUGUAAAAAGAUUGAAAGAUGCAAAUCCAUGUCCAAGAAAGGAGUUUGAACAGUAUAUGGAUGUUAUUGGAAAGCUUAAGCAUCCAAAUAUGGUGAAACUUAGAGCUUACUAUUAUGCCAAGGAAGAAAAAUUGCUUGUUUAUGACUACUUGCCUAAUGGGAGUUUGCAUUCACUUCUUCAUGGAAACAGAGGACCAGGUAGAAUUCCAUUGGAUUGGACAACAAGGAUUAGCUUGGUGCUAGGGGCAGCUAGAGGGCUUGCUCACAUUCAUGAAGAGUAUGCAGAUUCAAGAAUCCCACAUGGGAAUGUGAAAUCAUCUAAUGUGUUGCUUGACAAAAAUGGUGUGGCUUGUAUAUCUGAUUUUGGGUUGUCAUUGCUUUUGAAUCCUGUUCAUGCCAUAGCUAGAUUAGGAGGAUACAAAGCGCCCGAACAAUCUGAAAUCAAGAGGCUAUCUCAAAAAUCUGAUGUUUAUAGCUUUGGUGUACUGUUAUUGGAAGUGCUCACUGGUAAAGCUCCCUCAGAGUACCCUUCACCGACUAGGCCUCGCGAUGAGGAGGAAGAAUUGCCAGUGGAUUUGCCUAAAUGGGUUCGAUCAGUAGUGAGGGACGAGUGGACUGCUGAAGUGUUUGAUCAAGAAUUGUUGAGGUACAAAAACAUUGAGGAGGAAUUGGUGUCAAUGCUACAUGUAGCCAUGGCAUGUGUAGUGCCACUACCCGAAAAAAGGCCUACUAUGGUUGAAGUUGUUAAGUUGAUUGAGGAGAUUAGAGUUGAACAAUCUCCAUUAGGUGAAGAUUAUGACGAAUCGCGCAAUUCUCUUUCCCCCUCCCUUGCCACCACUGAAGAUGGACUCCCCGGUUACUAAUUUUCGAUCAUUGUGGCAUUGAUGUUUCAUAGUCCUAGUAGUAUAUGUUCAAAUUUGCAGCAUCUUACUGCAAAUUGGGAAGUUUAAAAGCUAUGGACUUAAUGUUUAGUAGUUAUUUGAUUGCUUUGUGUUAUUCCAAAUUACUGCACUUUUGGAAAAUCUGAUGAUCCAACAAGCAUAUAAGAAGUGCAGCAAUCAGUCCAUUAUGUAUUUUUUUUAAUGUAAUGUAAUGUUAAUUCUUUGUAUUUAAUUCAUUUUCAAGAUUUGUGUUCCAAGG